GUUAGACCGUCGACGUGUAUAGUCUUCGGCGUUCUCAAAGCUAAGGAAACUCUAGAACGGUCACAUACGAUUUUACUUAGAAUAUAUUCUCUGUGGUGAUAUCACGGUGCGAGCGGGAUACGACCAGAAGAAAAGUUGUGCAUGACACCGACACACGAACGUCUACGAACAUCAUGCGUGCUGCUGCUGCUGUCCUUACGUGUGCUUUAUGUGUUACGUCGGUGCGAGGUACGAUAGUGUCUCGUCGUGUGGGUGAUCCUACCUACCACCAGUGACUAAUUGAACGUGCACAAUUCAGCAAGUUUACGGCUGGACAAUGCGGCGACCGGGAUAACGAGCGAACGCGGAAACGUCAACGAAUCCCCUGAGGAUUUUCUAUCGUCGUUACCCACGUCCAUCCGUCUUAUGGCAGAAAUUCAGUCGAGUGAGACAUCGAAAACGGGCGACGAGAGAAACAAAAUCGUACGGAAACAACGAAGACCAGUGAUUUAAGCGGGAUGAAAGGAGAAGGAAGAAAUAUUAUUGUCGAAAGGUUCGAUGGAUCGGACGACAGAUGAUGCGAAACGAGAUCAUCGAAUAAUGCGCAACAGGACAUGGCCUUUCCUACACGCGAAAUUUAAAAGAUCGUCCGUAUUUUUUAAGGAUCCACUCGAUAGAGUAUAAAUUUCAAAGGAAGUAUAUAAUAUACACGUUCGCCUUCUUCUUCGAGACAAGAGAGAAGAGAAGCUCUCGCGAUGUCGAGGGACAGACCCACCCCUACCGAUAAUAACAGAGCCUCGUUUGGAUUUCGAUGAUCUUUUGACGAUUAUCCUUCGGUGUAAUUACGGUAAUAAUUAUGGACGAGAUAAAGGUGCCGCCGAAGUUGGGCCAAGCGGCAUCGGCCGCGUGCUCGAUGGCUACGAAUUUCUUGGCGCCGGUGAAAACCGAACGGCAGAUCUACGAGAAUUCGAUGCUCGAGGACGAUCCCAAUGCCAACUCGGUGGUGUCGACUUCGCAAGAGGACAGAACCGUACCGAGAUGGGGUCCCAAUCACAAGGGUGCUCAAGAACUCGCAAACCUCUAUAGCACUGGAAAAAGGACGCAGGAGUGCAUUUGUGUCGGUAUCUGUAUCACGCUGAUCGUGGUCAACUCGUUAUUUAUUCUCGUGAGAAUACGAUUAGAAAAUCUAAGUUCGAUAGCGAUAGCUGCAGUUUGCGGCAUCGUGACCGCGGAUUUCGGGUCUGGAUUGGUUCAUUGGGCUGCCGAUACUUGGGGCUCUGUAGACCUACCGAUUCUUGGGAAGAACUUUUUGAGGCCGUUUCGAGAACACCACAUCGAUCCGACGAGUAUAACGAGGCACGAUUUUAUAGAAACAAACGGUGAUAACUUCAUGGUGACGAUACCGUUCCUCUGUAAAUUAACAUGGGACUUCUUGACUCUACCAGAAUCGGAGAUACAGCAAAAGUUCGUUUCGACCUGUUAUUGGUUUCUACUCGCGAUUUUCGUAGCGAUGACUAAUCAGAUACACAAAUGGUCUCAUACGUAUUUCGGACUGCCUUCCUGGGUCGUUUGGCUGCAGGAGCAUAGAAUCAUUCUGCCUAGGAAACACCAUCGCGUGCACCACGUCGCUCCCCACGAGACUUACUUCUGUAUUACUACCGGAUGGCUGAAUUGGCCGUUGGAGCAACUUCGGUUUUGGUAUAUUCUUGAAACUCUGAUCGAGACAACUACCGGUUGCAAACCGAGGGCCGACGAUUUGAAGUGGGCACAAAAACGAUCUUGAGAGUUAAUGUGUUUCAUCGUUUUAUGCAUUUUCACCAGCGGCAAAGAUAUUUAACGAAAGGCAACGUUUUUACCCGAAGAGCUUUUCGAGAAACGGGCGUAGAGAAAAAUUUGUUCGAAUAGAACACGCUGAACAAAAAAGUUGAAUACUUAGCACUACGAGGCCUUUUCUACGAGAUAGAUAGCGUGAUCAAAGACAUUUAAUUAAUAUUACAUAAAUAUGCUUUUCAAGUUUACACAUUUAUAAUACGUACACGCAAUAAUAUUAAUAUACAUAUAUAAUUAUAUGAAGGAAAAUGUGGACACGAAAUCAUGUUUGUGUAACGACUAUAAAUUCACGAUUGGCCUAGCGAAUCGAUCAAUUAUACGUUUAUGCACCGCACAAUCAUUACGUGAAUGGCACAAAUUUUUCAGCAACAGCAGAAGUAUUACAACUGAUUUUAUAUAAUAUGAUUAUUUUUUCAAGUAUUAUUCGACUACGAUUCGAAACCCCUGCAGCGGAAUUGCAGGCUAGACCGUCGUACUUUAUUUCAGUUUUAAACGAACAAACAGUCCAGCGGCUAUGAAACGAAACUGAUAAAACUUUUAAUAAUGAAAAUACAUACUGUGUAUGUAUGCAUACUACAUGUAUACUUGUGCUUAUAUUUGUUGGCACAUAAAUUUAUACAGCGAGGAUGAAAUUUGGUCAUUUAGCCUGAUCUGCGUACAACGACGCGUACAAUUUCCCUGAACCUCGGAACAUUUUUCGACUCACUCGAAUUUCUAAAUAAAAUAAAUCAUCGGAACAAUUCGGUUUUUACCUUCGUUUUUAAAGUCUGAGCUAAGAUUGGUACAAAAUAACUGAUAAUAACGUUAAUUGAAUGAAAUAUACAUACAGACACAAAGAUUCCCCUUGUGGAAACGAUUAGUUGCGAAACUGUUUUCAAUUACGUUUCUUAGCUCGUAAUAAAUGAUAAUCUAUGAAAUUCUAA